GGGGAGACUUGACCAGCCAAAGUCGCUUGGCAUGAAUCAAGUCUCUACUGUAAACUUAGCAUUUCCACGCUCAAUUUAUAGAAGAAAACAAGAUAUGGAAACUAGGAUCUAUCCGAUGAAUUUACUACCCAUCGAGAAUGAAUUCACCGAGAUUGCCCUCUCCCUUCAGCAGGCAGUACCUGGGUACGGAUUCUGUCCAACCGAGGAGGUACUAAUCAAUUACUUGAAGUCAGAAGUACCCGGAUGGAGAGGAAGUUUCUGCAUUAUUCCGACAUUAGAUAACAUCUAUAAGAUUAAUCCAUGGGAGUUACCAGCCAAGUUCAAUGAGAAAUCCAUCAUUCCAUCCAAUGAUCAAGAAUGGUGGUUCAUAUGUCCACAGACGCAGAGCAAGCGGAUUAGUAGGAAAACACGGUGUGGUUCUUCUUGGAAGAUCUCCAGCGACCAUAAAGAUGUUAAGGCCGGAAAAGACAGCAAAAAGAUCGGUUAUAAGAAAAUAUUGGUCUUUCCUAGUGACGCCCCGACGACAUGGGUCAUCCACGAAUAUCAUCUCCUCGACAGUGAUGUGCUCAAUCUAUCCCUCUUUUAUUUGUUACAAUUAGUUAGAUUCGCAAGAUGCACGAAUUCGAUCGUAUGACAAGUAUAGCUACAUUAAUCUGCAGAAACACGCACUAAAAGUUUCCACGUGUCCUAAUGAAGCAGAGAAU